AAGACAAUGGCGGUGAGGCGGCGGCAGAGGCUCGGGCCGGGCGGCGGGCGAGCGCUGCUGGCCGCGGUGCUGCUGUGCCUGUGCUGCCGGGCGGCGGCGGAGCGGGUCCGCUACUCCAUCCCCGAGGAGCUGGGCAGAGGCUCGCUCGUGGGGCCGCUGGCGCGGGAUCUGGGGCUCAGCGCGGACGAACUGCCGGCGCGCAAGCUGCAGGUAACGUCUGCCGGUAAGAAGCAGCUGAAAUACUUCACGGUGAACGAGGAAAACGGGAACCUGUACGUGAAUGAGAGACUGGACCGGGAGGAGAUGUGCGGCGAGUCGGCGUCCUGCUCUGUCAGCUUCGAGGCGCUGGUGCACAACCCACUGAACGUUUUCCACGUCGAGGUGUCCCUCGAGGACGUGAAUGACAACUCCCCGUCCUUCAGCAAAGCUUCUCUGAACCUCGAGAUCGGUGAAUGGACGCUUCCUGGCGCUCGUUUUCCUCUGGAGAUGGCCAGAGAUGCAGACGUGGGAGGGAACUCGCUGCUGAAUUACCAGCUCAGCAGUAACCCGUCCUUCAGUCUGGCCAUGAAGGAGAAUCCCGACGGAAGCAAGCAGCCGGAAUUAGUGCUGGAGAAAGCGCUGGACCGGGAGAAGCAGAGCUCCGUUGAGCUGGUGCUGAUGGCGGUGGAUGGUGGGGAUCCCGCGAGGUCCGGGACUGUCCAGGUUCUGGUGACCGUGAUGGACUUAAACGACAAUCCACCCGUGUUCGGCAAAACCGUCUACGAGGCACGAGUGGCGGAGAACCUGCCAGCGGGGUCGCUGGUGCUGAGGGUGCAGGCGACGGAUGCGGACGCGGGAUCCAACGGGAAGGUCUCCUACUCCUUUAGCAACGUUCCGGAUGUACUCCGCGCUUUGUUCACUGUGGACAGCGAGAGUGGCGAGGUCAGGACGGCGGGUCCCCUCGAUUUCGAGGAGAAGAAUAAAUAUAUCUUCAGCCUGGAGGCGAUGGACGGCGGGGGUUUAGUAUCACACUGCAAGGUGCAAAUAGAAGUCACGGACGAGAAUGACAACGCGCCCGAGAUCACGAUUCUGUCCCUCUCGAGUCCGGUGCCCGAGGACGCGCCAGUCGGCACCGUGGUGGCCGUGCUAAACGUGAAGGACCCGGAUUCCGGCGAGAACGGUCAGGUGUCGUGCGAACUGUCGGGAGAGGCGCCGCUGUCGAUCGUGGCGUCGUCGGGCGGCUCGUACAAGGUGGUGACGGCGAGCGCGCUGGACCGCGAGCAGGCGUCCGAGCACCGCGUGACGGUGGUGGCCCGGGACCGUGGGCG